AUGUCCGUCCAGCGGCUUCUGCCGCAGAAUGAAGUGGAUGCGCCAUCCGCCUAUGCCUUAGGUGGCGCAGCCCUGAUGAUUGCCAUGCUCUUUUCGUGGUACUGGUUCCAGUCCACAACGGAUGCGGACGUCAUGCUCCUUGGUAUUGCCAUGGCCUUCUACUUGCUCUUCUUGCCACAUCCCUGUAAGGGAGCAUGUGCCCCGACAGCUGAAUCGGAGGCAGAAGCCAAGCCGUUGUUGGAGAAGCUACUACCUAGCUCGUCUACGAUGCCUAUUCCUGGAAAGUUCUGGAGCUCUAUGAGCAUCUCGGCGAUGGCAGUUUACCUGGCUGCGUCUUACUUGGCCCGCUACGAAGUACAAGAAUGCGUAUGGCAGGUGCUCUUGAUCUCCACUCUUUGUGGCUCAUGCCACUUGUCUUUGAGCUGCCUCGUAGACUGGCCAAGCUUGGCUGCUUUGCCAGUGAUCGCCAACGCAUGCCUCCUCCCCCUCGUCACGCAGGACCGUGUGCCAUUUUCGUUUCUGCCGCCAGGAUGCCCGCCAAGCACGUAUUAUGUCAUGAUGGCCUACACUUUGAUUUUGGCAGCUGCCCUGUGGCCGCGCCAGCCUUUCUCGAUCAGCAUUGUUCAUCAGCCAAGCCGGUCGUGGAAGCCCGAAGUGCACAGCAGCCGCUUCGCUUUCUGCUUCGAAAUUGUGCCGAUAGCCUGUGCUACUCUUUCGGUGGUGUACCUGGCAUGUUGCUUGAAGUGGAGCGGCUCAGGAACAGGUUACCAUGAUAGUCUCUCAGACAUCAUCUACCACGUAGCCUGGGCCUGGCUGCGCCCUGCCUAUUUCUUUAUCUUUGGACUCUACUGGCUUGCCAUUCGCCCUGUGCACUCCAAGAUUGGGUCAUUGAUGUGUGGCUUUGGUGUUGCUUACUUCGGUUGCGCCUGCGCCCUGGCAGACACGUCGAUGACCCAUCACUUCAACUCUAUGUGCAUAGCCGGUCAUAGUUUGCCGGUGCCAUUGCAUGGCACAUAUGGCCAGAACUGGUUGGGACAAGCCGCACAUCACACGGAAAGGGAUUGCUUCUAUUUUAGCAUGGUCCUUUGCGUGUCGUUCUUUCGUGACGUCGAUCUGGGAGAGAGAGCUUGGUCUCUCUGGAGGGGUGCCAUGGCUGUUGCCUUCGGUGUGAUGGGCCUUGUGCGAUUCUUCGAGUUUCUCGGGCAUGCUGUUGCUUUCGAUGUGUGGGUGAUCACGCACUACUACCUCGGAUAUUUCGCCAUCAUAUUCGUGGAAGGCUAUGCGCUGCUGACGCAGAGGUGCCAUUAUGUCAUCUUUGUGGCCCACGCCUCAGUUCAAGAUGAACCCAAGGUAUGA